CCAUUAUUAUUUUAUAUGUAUAACUGCCACAAUGUACCAAGUAUUGUCCACACAUACCAAGAUACAAUCCCUGAUUCAAAGAACUCAUUCAAAGGUCAUUUGGUAAUUGACUCUCUCUUUUUUUUUUCCUCUCUCUCUCCAGAUUUGUCAAGGAACAGACUCUCGGAGCUUCCUGCAGAAGCCUGUCACUUUGUUUCCCUUGAGAGCCUUAAUUUGUACCAAAACUGCAUUCGUUACAUCCCAGAGGCCAUUCUGAACCUACAGUCUUUAACAUUUCUAAAUAUCAGUCGAAACCAACUUUCAACAUUGCCAGUACAUAUGUGUAGUCUACCUUUGAAAGUUUUGAUAGCAAGUAAUAAUAAGCUGGUCUCACUUCCUGAAGAAAUUGGACAGCUCAGACACCUUACAGAGCUUGAUGUGAGCUGCAAUGAAAUACAGACAAUACCUCCACAGAUUGGCAGCCUUGAGUCUUUGCGGGACCUGAAUGUCAGGAGAAACCAUUUGGUGCAUUUACCUGAAGAGCUUGCAGAAUUGCCUUUGAUUCGGUUAGAUUUCUCCUGCAAUAAAAUCACAACAAUUCCUGUUUGUUAUCGGAACCUCAGGCAUCUUCAGACGAUCACACUAGAUAACAACCCUCUACAGUCACCCCCUGCACAGAUAUGCAUAAAAGGAAAAUUUCACAUAUUUAAAUACCUGAACAUAGAAGCAUGCAAGAUAGCUCCAGACUUGCCUGAUUAUGAUAGAAGACCCAUGGGAUUUGGCUCAUGUCAUGAGGAACUGUACUCCAGUCGGCCCUAUGGAGCACUAGAUUCUGGCUUCAAUAGCGUGGACAGCGGAGACAAAAGGUGGUCAGGGAAUGAACCUACAGAUGAGUUCUCAGACCUCCCUCUGCGAGUGGCCGAGAUCACUAAAGAGCAGAGACUGCGAAGAGAGAGUCAGUACCAGGAGAACCGAGGGAGCACAGUUGUAACUAAUGGUGGAGUGGAACAUGAUCUGGAUCAGAUUGACUAUAUUGAUAGCUGUGCCACGGAAGAGGAAGAGGAAGAGGUGAGGCAACCCAAGUGCAUGGAGUCAGAGAGCCUCAGCUCACAGUUCAUGGCAUAUAUUGAACAACGGCGAAUCUCUCAUGAGGGCUCACCUGUAAAGCCAGUACCCAUCAGAGAUUUUCAGAGAACAGAAGACAUGAGACGAUUCUUGCAUCAAAAUAGGGAUACUGACGAAUUACGAAGACCAGAAACACUAAGCUUGAUGCAGGACAGAGAGCGACAUCCAGGACCAAGGAGUUAUGUGGACAGGCCAGAGAGAGCUCCUGCAGAUUCAUCUUACCUUCUGUCCAACAGCCACAAUCAGCUCUCCCAUGCAGAUGUUGAACUUCACCGCAGGCGAGAGCAUGCAGUUGAGCGCACUCGGAGAGAGGCCCAGCUUGCCGCACUUCAGUUUGAGGAGGACAGAAUGAGAACGAAACAGAUCCAGAGGGAAGCUGUGCUCGACUUUGUCAAACAAAAGGCAUCCCAGAGUCCGCAAAAGCCAAGUCCUCUGGACAGUGAGUGUCCCUUUCCAUCCAGAAGGUCUCAGCACACUGAUGAUAGUGCCUUGUUAGUGUCGCUGUCAGGGUUGAAUCAAGAGGGCUAUGCUACCACCCUACCUCAUGCCUCUGCCUUCAGAUCUGUCAAGAGUGAUGACAGAUCUACCAUAUCACCAAGUUCACCUACUACCCAAACAGUCCACCUUUCCUCUCUGUAUCCUGGCCCUGCCACUUCUCCUUCAUAUAGAAACCCUCCCCAGCGACCUGAGAGUUUCCUUUUCCGAGUGGCUGCAAGGGAUGAAAUGAACAAAGGAGUUGCUUCGUCUCCCUCUUCUGCUUCGUUUCCUCCUAAUGAUUGUACAGACCCUAGAGCAAGGCAGAACUCCCAGCAACGUGAGGAAGAGCUGGAGCUAAUAGAGCAACUGCGGAAGAAUAUUGAGUCACGGUUAAAAGUGUCUUUGCCCAGUGAUCUUGGAGCAGCUCUUACUGACGGGGUUGUUCUCUGCCACUUAGCUAAUCACGUGCGGCCUCGAUCUGUUCCCAGCAUCCAUGUCCCCUCGCCUGCUGUACCUAAGCUAACAAUGGCAAAAUGCAGACGAAAUGUGGAAAAUUUCCUGGAAGCUUGCAGAAAGAUUGGUGUGUCUCAGGACAAUCUUUGUUCCCCUUCUGACAUUCUUCAGCUAAACCUCAGCGUUAAAAGGACAGUUGAAACUCUUCUUUCCCUGGGGACAGAUUCAGAAGAAUCCGCUCUUGUCUUUCUUUCCAUCCAGCUUUGGGGCUUUGUGGCAUUUUACUGCACUCUAAUGCUAACGCUCUGUAUGUUCUAUCGCUGGGUCUUUUUCCUCUAGCUGAAGGACAGUGGUGCUGCCGACUCGUUACAUCUCUCCAGCAAUUGGUAAAGCCUUUUGUUUUUGUCAAGAACCAUUUGUGUAAGUGCAUUUUCUGAUCGUUAGUCGGCGUUGACAUGUACAAUGUAAAACACUCUUUGGUACACUCCCAUGAUAAUCUGGGACAUUGUUACAAGUUUGUAUUUGUGAUGUGUAGCAAGCAUUAUUCUUACAGGAGAGGUAUUGCUGUCCAGUGGCUAGAGCAAGGGGUUCAGGUUUAGUGCACUGGGUUCUAGUCACAGUUCUAUUGAAUAGCUCUGUAAUAUGGGAAGAUCACAGCUCCACUGUACCUCAGUUUCCCCAUUUGUCAAAUGGGAGUACCACCCACACUUCUAAAGUGCUUUGAGUUCCUGUGACAAAAAGUGCUAAAUACACGUGCAAAGUAUUGUUUUUUCCUUAAAUGUCCAUGUGCCUGGUUACAUCUGACUGUCUUAGUAGAUCUGGCCUGGUUCUUUGUAUCAGGAGUUGCUCUUAGAGCUUUUUCAUGCCAGUUUCCUUAACCCUUCUCUUGAAGUCUUGGAUUUCCUGUAUUGUGAGGUUCAGAAUAGCCUCUCAUUUGACUAAAAUUAGGCUGAAAGUGAAUACCAAGCUGCUUCACGUGACUAAUACACACAGCGUGGAGAGUGUGUAGAGGAGCAGAACUUCUUCAACACUGGGAACGAGAUGGGCUGUCUUUAAAUCCCAUCAGAAACUUCAAAAGUGUCAUGCAGUAUUUCUGUGUUCCUCAUAUCAAACUUGAUUAGUGUGACCUCCUGGUUAUUCUUUGCAUCAUAGAAUCUUACAUCAUAGAAUUAUGAGCUACAAGCUCUAAUACCUUACUUUUCACUGUUUCACAAAACUCAGGUAAUCUUCCAUGAAGUUGCAGAAUUUUUCAGCUGCAUGCUAUACUCUGUUGCUUGCAUGCAUUGCUCAGGGAAACCGUGAGCCAUGAAAUUGGUUGUCAAAAGGAGCAAAGCCCGUCCAGCUUGUUCUUAUGAUACUAAAUCUAUUACCUGCCUUUUUCUGUUGUUUGCUUUUGUUUUACUGGGACUGUCACCGGAACUCUGUAUUAGAGCCCCAUCUCCUUCAGGGUAUGUCAGCAAAAGUAGAUGGAUGCUGAUCGAUUCUGUUCCAACAUUUGCAGAGCUGC